AUGGCCUCUGGAGCCACGGGCAGAGGCCCGUGGUGGCCCGGCGAGGCAAACGAUGCAGCAGCAGCAGCAGCUUUCCUGCCGCGGCUGCUGCAGCAGCCGGCGCAUGCAGUCGCGGACUUCCAGAGGCAGCAGCAAGCUCACGAGCAGCUGCAACAUCUGCAGCAGCAGCAGCUGCAGCAGCUGCAACAGCAGCAGCUGCAGCAGCAGCAGCUGGAGCAGCUGCGGCUGCAGCAGCAACACAGACCCAGAACUGUCGCCUGGCAGCCCUCUGGCUCCACUGAUGAUGAGCCUAAUUCAGCUUACUAUGAGGCGCAGGCCAAGAUCGAAGUCACUGCACACUGCAGGCCCAAAGAGGAGAUCUUCCAGGCCUUCAAGGAGGCCAUUAGAAUGCGCCCUGUUUUGUCUGCAAAACACCGCGAGCUGCUAGCCAACACCGUGAAGGGUUUGGUUACUGACCGUCAAGUGUCUUACCAAAUGGUGUCUGCAAUGGGAGCUGCAAUGAAAGCUGCUGCUGCUGCUUGGUCUGCUGCUGGUGAGAAGGGAGCUGCUGCUGCAGUGCAGCUGGCUGCUGCUGCUGCUGCUGCAGCACUCACUGCAGCAGGAGUCUCUCCGCAGGAAGCGGGGCAGCUAGCAGCAGACACAGCGCUGACGAGGGGCGUGGGUGCAGCACGGAAUUUGGUGCUGCAGCACAAGGUGCAGCAGCAGCGGCAGCAGAACGCAGCAGCAGCAGCAGCAGCGCUGGAGCGCGCGCAAGCAGCAGCAGCAGCAGCAGCAGCAGCAGACAGAGACGACUCCUCCAGCAGCGGGACAGAGGAAAGCUCAGGGGACCUCUUCGGCAGCAGCGGCGCAGACAGCAGCAGCAGCAGCAGCAGCAGCAGCAGCGGGAUCGCGCCGGACUCCGCAGCAGCGCUGAGCCGCGGAGUGCCCAUCCCGCAGCAGCUAAUGGAAGCAGCAGCAGCAGCAGAGCUGCUGCCUUUUGCUGCUUAUUUUCAAAAAAGAAUUGAAUUCUUUUUGAAGCAACUUAUCAAAGAAGUCCAGGACCUCUCCAGAAAAAUCCACAGAGUCGUCAAAGCCAUGCUCCUCCCCAACGCAGACUCCACCGAAGCGAAGGUGUUCUAUUUGCAGCUGGACGCUGACGUUGCGCGCUACGCAGCUCAGAUUGCGACGGACGGGGAAGAAGUGGAGGAGUUCAGAAAAAUGAGUUUAGAACUUUACAGAACUGCUUUAUCUCUUUUGCAACAAAACCAAAAAGAAAUAAAUGAAGCGGAAGAACAAAGUCAAACGGACAUUGAAGACCAAGUGCCUCUUUCCCUCAAAAUGGGACUCGUGCUCAACUACGCAGUGUUGCUGCACGAUGAGCCCGAUGGGGCGGAGCAAGCCAUAAACGCCUUGGCAGCUCAGUUCAGAGAAGCAGUCGAGAACGUCGUCCACAUUUCGGACACGGAGGAGAGCCGGCGGGUGGUGAUGGUGAUGAGUUUGCUGCGGGGGAAUGUGGAGGCGUGGUGUGCGGAGGCAAAUCGAAAAGACGCAACAAAGCUGCUGGGCCUCGACGGCUCUGCUGCGCUGCUGAUGUAG